CUCGUUUUUCCACAUUUACGCGUUUCCAUUUCCGUGGGGAAGCUUUGGAAUACCUUUUUCUACGCCGACAUAUCUUCAAAGAAGCUCUGUAAUACCGAAAAAAAGCUCAUUGGUGUGUGUUUUAGAAAAAUCUUUCAUUCAUACGGGCAUUUUGUUUAAUUUUUAUUCCGAAUUAAAUGCAACAAACAACAUAAAAAAUGUCAGAUGACGAAUCGCUGUCACUGGAUCAAUAUAAAUUAAAGGAAUCUACUAUGUGGACACAACGGAAACGUUCACAACAGCUUGGAAUAAGUGGUGGAGGAGGUGCUAGUGGUGUCGGUCAGUCUUCUACGUCGACCAACAACUACGAUGACAUGUUUGGUUUGGAACAUAUGGAAAACUAUAGUAUCGAGACAACGGCACUUCAUCGAAAACUCCAAAGUAAAAUGGAAGCCCUGCGUAUACUCCGCAAGGAACUGGAAAAAUUCCGUACCGAACGUGACCAGUUUAAGCUAAUGGCCGAAACACUUCAGUUGCGUUAUGCGGCCUUGAGACGCAACAGCAGUUUUUCAGAUUUAGCCAGCGAUGUUAGUAUGGGAAUGGCAAACGGUGGUGUCAAGACCAAUGUGGCAAAGAUUCUUCAUGAAACAAGGGAGCGGAAUAUAAAACUGACCACCGAAGUAGAAGCAUUAAAACAAAAGUUAUACGAAGUUCAGGGUGACAUUGAAGUUUUACGAAAUCAAAAAUCCACAGCAGAGGCUAAGAGAGAUUCCACACGCAAUGCUAAAGGCAACAAUAACAAAGAGGAUGUGGUGCUUGACAGUUGCUCAAAGGAAGUGUUGUUACAAUGGAAACAAGAACGCUCAAAUUUCAUUUGCCACCUGGAGCAGUUGAAGAAAAAAAAUGCUCAAUUAGCUUUUGAUUUGAAAGCAGUCAUCGAUGAGAAAGAGGAAUUGACCAACGAAAGAGAUGCCUACAAAUGUAAGGCCCAUCGACUGAAUCAUGAAUUACAGGUGGCAUUAAAGGCAAAAGAAACCCAUCCAAAGUUCCUUGAUAUUGACAGUAUCAUUUUGGAGAACAAGUACCUGAAUGAACGUUUAAAGCAUAUUGAAAGUGAAGUGGAUUUAACCAAACAAGCCGUUAGUAAAUAUAAGACCAUGUUGGAAGCAAAACGUAAAAAGGGUAUAAUGAAAUUAGGUGCACAAAGUUCAGUAAAUGUCGAUGAAAAUAUACUGUCACAUAAACAAGUUAAAAAUUUAUUGGAAAGUGGCAUUGACUUACCUACAAAAACUGAGACCAUUCAAGAUUUGAAAACACUAUGCCUGACCUUACUGGAUAAUUUGAAUGAUAAGAAUUUGGCAUUGAAUCAUCAAAAGAAAACCAACAAGAUUCUGGCUACAAAAAUAGCUGAAUUGGAACAACGUAUGAAAGUUCUGGCUGGCAUUGAGACCUCCAACGAUGAUGAUGGGGGUUUCUCUCCCUCCGAAUUUCUACUAAAAGGCUAUUGUCCAUCCAUGGUUGACUCAACUAAUUCCAAAACAGAUCAAAAUAAUGAUGAAGAGAGUAAACAAAAAGGUGGUGGAGGUGUUGUUUCAUCAGCCACAACCGGACGCAGCACUACCUCCUGUGGUGCUGAAAGUCAUGUUACCGAAGAUUCUGGUACAAUGUCCUCCGAAAAUGAAGAAUCAAUAAAAAUGCCAUUGGCCACAAACUCAGAUGAUGGCAUGUCAUCGUUGUCAACCGAGUCGGGUAGAAGUAUUUUAUCCUCGGAGUAUGAUAUUACCAAUAAUGAUGUGGUCGGAGGAGGAGUUGGUGGAAUAAAUCUCAAUGAUUUUACUGAUGCUGCCUUGUAUGCCUAUAAAACGGCAUCUUCAACUUCCGGCUCGGCUGCUGAUAGAACAAUACAGCAAAGUAAAGAUAGUAAACGAGCAGUGUUACCACUUCCAAAUUCCAUUGUCCAAGAACGUAAUGAUGAUCUAAAGGAUUUACCACCUGAAUUGGCUGCCUUGGUGCAAAAAGCUCUACAUGAGCUAGAUUUGAGGGAUUUUGAUGAAGUAGUUGGUGGGGUUUGCGAAGAUGUUGGGGUCGAGGCCAAAGAGGAUUUAUCCAUGAAUUUAGAAACGGAGGCGGAUGAAUUGUUGGAAGAUGAGCUGAAUAGUGAAGAUGGAGCAAUUGGUGGUUGUUCCAGUCUAAUAAGGGCCAACUAAAAAUGAACAUUGUUAUGAUAGUUAAUUAUUUUUCUUUCUACCAUUUCUUUACUCCUCACAUAUACACCAAAGAAUUCUUUCUUUUCACUAUUUAUGUCUUUCACCAUGACUUUACUAACCAAACAAAAUAAUUCAUAUCAAUUAUGAAUGAAAACUAACCCACUUUUAUUCUCCAAAAUGAAACAAACAUUCCCUUAUCUAUUAUAUCCUAUACUCUGUCAAGCAUUCCAAAAAAAGCAAACCCCCUAAAAACAACUGAAUAACAAAACAACCAAUAUAUUUUCUAGUCAUUGUAUUUUAAAAGAGGGGGAAAAUUCCCAGAAACAAAAAAUGAAUAUUUAACAAAACCUAAAAUAUUUAACUGCCGCCCUAUUCUCACUUAAAUAUAGAAACAAAACUAAAAAUAUCUAAAAUCAAACUAAAGACAAAGUUUAAAAAGUACCUUUUAUAACAACAACAGUUCUCACACAUGAAUAUCAUAAUCUCUUGGAAUCUAACUCUUUCUAUGUCAUUUCCAUCAUCAUUACACUUUGUUAUUACUUAAUUUGCAAUAAUUAUUGUAAGCAUCUGUUUAUUUUCC